AUGCAUCGAACACGCAGUGCUCAUGAUCUGACUUCUGUGGUCUUAUCCCGUUCCACAAUCACUGACGGGACCGUAAGAGUUGCAGGAUGUAUCUCAGCCGAAACUGUUGCGUCAUCUUCUUCCAUCUAUUUUUAAACUUCUUUUAUUGCAUGUAGCAGCAACAUAACAGCAUUCUGUGGUCAAGCCGUACAAAGAUAACAUUGAGCUGCACAAUAAUAAAGGGUGUCGUCAUUGCAAAAGGGGUUUGUGUGUUUACACAGGGCAUAUUUCUAAUAGAUGAAUACAACAAAAUCCAUGGUACAGUGUUGCUGGUUUUGCUUUUUUUUCUUUUCUUUUUAAAGUAACUAGUAUGGGUGGAGAAACCUCUGCGGCAAUGCACAGUGAAGGGAUGGUGGCCUGACUCUGACUCUUGCUGAACAUUGUCGUUUAGUCGUUUAGUCGUGUCCACCUCUUCGUGACCCCCUGGACCAGAGCACACCAGGCACUCCUGUCUUCCACUGCUGCAGUUUGGUCAAACUCAUGCUGGAAGCUUCGAGAACACUGUCCAGCCAUCUCAUCCUUUGUCGUCUCCUUCUCCUUGUGCCCUCCAUCUUUCCCAACAUCAGGGUCUUUUCCAGGGAGUCUUCUCUUCUCCUGAGGUGGUCAAAGGAUUGGAGCCUCAGCUUCAGGAUAUGUCCUUCCAGUGAGCACUCAGGGCUGAUUUCCUUCAGAAUGGAGAGGUUUGAUCUUCUUGCAGUCCAUGGGACUCUCAAGAGUCUCCUCCAGCACCAGAAUUCAAAAGCAUCCAUUCUUCGGCGAUCAGCCUUCUUUAUGGUCCAGCUCUCACUUCCAUACAUCACUACUGGGAAAACUAUAGCUUUAACCAGGCAUAGGGCAAACUCGGCCCUCCAGAAGUUUUGGGACCACAACUCCCAUCAUCCCUAGCUAACAGGACCAGUGAUCUGGGAUGAUGGGAGUUGUAGUACCAAAAAACAUUUGGAUGGCUAAGUUUGCCUAUGCCUGGUUUUAACUUGUUGUUGUUGUUUAGGCAUUUAGUCAUGUCCGACUCUUCGUGACCCCAUGGACCAGAGCACGCCAGGCACCCCUGUCUUCCACUGCCUCCCGCAGUUUGGUCAAACUCAUGCUGGUAGCUUCAUGGAUCACUGCCUUGUUGUGGCGAAGGGGCUUGAAUAACUCAGAGAAGCUAUGAGCUAUGCCGUGCAGGGCCACCCAAGAUGGACAGGUCGUAGCAGAGAGUUUUGACCAAAUGUGAUCCACCUGGAGCAGGAACCGGCAAGCCACUCCAGUAUCCCUGCCAAGAAAACUCCAUGGCUUUAACUAUUAUUCCUUUAUUCCUGCACUGCAGGGGGUUGGACUAAAUGACCCUCGAGGUCCCUUUCAACUCUACAAUUCUACGAUUCCACUGUUGGGAGCCAGGGCAUUCAAUCGGGAAAGGCAAACGAAAGUUCUUCACGCAAUUCAUAAACUCCGCGGAAGAAUUCAAUGCAAUCCAUUCUGUGGAAGGUGGAAAUAUUGCUACAUGACAUGUUCGGGAUCUAAGCAGGGCUUACUCGCGAGUAAAAGCAGCUCGUAGAAGGAGCGUACCCUUAAGUGUCCCUGGGCGACCCGAUCUUGCACGUGCCUAAGUUCAAAACCCCACGGAGUUACUUUCCCCCGAGCAAAGGAGUGAAUGAACGAAUUCUGUGAAUGGAAACACUCCCACGCACCGCCGCUGCCGCCCGCCAGGCGCAUGCGCCGACUGCAGCCCCUCCCCCUCCCCAUGCCCCGCCCAUUGCCUCCCGAAGCCCCGCCCCGGGCAAGCAAAGUCCUGGAGAGAGGGGAGCUCAGGAGAAAAGAGAGCAGAUUCUGCAGGAGCUGCCUUUCCUGGGAGGAAGGUAAGGCAAAGCGGGCAGGGCAGGGUGGAUCCGGAGUGAAUCCGGUUUCCCUCUUGUGCUUGCGGUGUGUGUGAGCUUUGCAGAAGCUCCCCACUCCCCCGUGUCAAUGCCAUGGGACUCAAGGGAGGGAGAGAAAGCUGCUCUCUCUUCCCCCUCUGGACCCGCAGAAAAUCUCCUGCAUCUGCACGCAUCUUGCAUGUGUGCAUGCGCGCACACGCAGACAAAACGAAUGGGAAAAGCGCGGGGUUUGCGGAGACGCAUCCGCCUUUCGUUUUCUGUUCUUUGGAAAGCGGGGAGGAUGCAGAUGUUGGGCUGAUGAGGGGAGAGGAUGGAGAGACUUCCUUGCCCACAGAAAACAAAACAUCCUUCCCUUUUUGCUUGAAAGUCUUGUGACUAGGAUAUCGGUGCAUGCUUGCUUUGUGAUUGAUUGAUUGAUUGAUUGAGAGGAAGGCGGUCAGCAAUCGGUAAGAGGAAUCCAUCUACCUGGAAGGAAGUUCUGCUGGGUCCAGUGGGGCUUUACUCUCGAGCAAGCUCUCCUUGCAGGAGGAAGAGCAGAAGGCUUGCAACUGGGAUCCUGAGAUCUCUUUGCGCUGCUGUUAGUUUGUGCACGCGCAAAAACCACACACACACCUGCGAUUUUGGGAACCUCCUUCGUUUUCCCUCCCGGUCCCUCAAAACUCUGAGGUCUUCGACACGCUCUUUGCUUCCCUGAAUUGCAGUGAGUUUCCAGGGGGUCGAUUUUGCUUCCUCCUGGGCAGAAAAAGUCCUGUAUCGUCUGGAUGAGGCGCGUUAUGUAACAAUUGUCUCCAGGUGUUCAGGUUGAGAGGCGAACUCACCUGCCACUGUCCUCUGUCCCCCAAUCAACAUCACGUUCCUUUCGUUCAAAAGCAUUUUUUAAAAUCACCUUUUAUACAGAGUAGCUAACAUGGUGCUUUUCCGGAUGAAGACGUAUCCUAAAUGAUAAACCCCUAUCCUGGAAGCUGUUUCUGCUAAUAAAAAUAAAAAUAAAAAUAAAAAUACAAAUAAAUUUUAUUUAUACCCCGCUCUCCCCAGCCAAGACCGGGCUCAGGGCGGCUAACAACCAAUAAUCAAAACAAGUUGAUUAAAAUACAAUUUAAAAACAAGAUUAAAACACAACAUUAGGGUGCAGCCUCUUCACAGGAGGAGAAAGGAAAAAGGAAGUCAGAAAAGGUCUAGCUUGUUUGCUUGUCUUAGAAUUGUAGAGUUGGAAGGGACACCAGUGGUCAUCUAGCGCAACCCUCUUGCAUCUGCAUGCAAAAUAAAAUUAGGGUGUUUUUUUUGUUGGGGCGGGGCAGGAAGCAGCAUAUGGAUAUGUGAACCGAAUUGUUGUCUUAGGCGAUUAUGAGCCUACUUUUGUUAGAAGCUACAGGGCAUAUGUGUCUCUAAAGAGUGUGUUUUGAUAGUAAAAUAACUGCAAGGCAACAGAAAAGAUUGAAUCAAUGCCUGCAGCAUUAAGUCACAGCCCUCCCUAUUUAAUAAAUACCUCCCAUGCGUUUAAUCCACAGACCAGUGUUUCCUUUUUUUAAAAAAAAGUUUAUUAACCAUCUUAUUUUACAUCUGUAUACAUUCUCUUAUUACAUCGCAUAUCUUAUUUAUAGCAUAACUUCCAACAUGUAUACAAAGUUUAUAUACAAAAUUUAUAUAUCUAUAAAGAAAAACACCAAACUAUUCCCAGGUCAUAUAUAUACCAACACUACAGACUUCCUGUCAAUCACGUUGUAGAAUCCUUUUUUUACAGAUGAAUGUACUCUUAUUGUUAUAUAUUUCUUUGCAUUUUAUCUACUACAUUCGUAUAUCAAAUAGCACCCUUCAUCUUGUUUCUCAAUUCGAUUUCUCUCCAACGUCAAUCAAAUGCCAGCAUAGAUAGAGAACCUUUACUGUAUUUUUGAACAUAUACCGUAUUUUUUGCUCUAUAAGACUCACUUUUUCCCUCCUAAAAAGUAAGGGGAAAUGUGUGUGCGUCUUAUGGAGCGAAUGCAGGCUGCGCAGCUAUCCCAGAAGCCAGAACAGCAAAAGGGAUUGCUGCUUUCGCUGUGCAGCGAUCCCUCUUGUUGUUCUGGCUUCUGAGAUUCAGAAUAUUUUUUUCCCUUGUUUUCCUCCUCCAAAAACUAGGUGCGUCUUAUGGUCUGGUGCGUCUUAUUGAGCGAAAAAGACGGUAUCUUAUAUCUAUCCCAGGGUUUCCUACUGUACUCUGCGCAGGUCCUGGAAGUCGAGUUUCUAGUCCUUGUGAUAGAGGGAUUGUGUCUCAAAAGAGAGCCCUGGGAGUUGAAAAAACAAAAGCAGGGUUCUCUCCUAAAUAAUAAAAGGCAUAUAUAGAGUUAUUCUCUCCCCCUCCACCCCUAACUGGUGAUUUUAGACUAGAUGAUGUCUGGCUUGUGGAAGAAUCUCCUCCUGAGCAAAGUGUGUGACUCUCAAGAAAUUAAGCAUCCCCAUAUAUGGCAUCCUACGCGGGUGGCGCUGUGGGUUAAACCACAGAGCCUAGGGCUUGCCGAUCAGAAGGUCGGCGGUUCGAAUCCCCGCGACGGGGUGAGCUCCAGUUGCUCGGUCCCUGCUCCUGCCAACCUAGCAGUUCGAAAGCACAUCAAGUGCAAGUAGAUAAAUACCUUCCAGCGGGAAGGUAAACGGCGUUUCCGUGCGCUGCUCUGGUUCGCCAGAAGCGGCUUAGUCCUGCUGGCCACAUGACCCGGAAGCUGUACGCCGGCUCCCUUGGCCAGUAAAGCGAGAUGAGCGCCGCAACCCCAGAGUCAGCCACGACUGGACCUAAUGGUCAGGGGUUCCUUUACCUUUACCUUAUCCUACUUAACAGGGGUUUUGCAGUUUCUCUGUUCCAAGCAUUAUCAACUCUCUGCUUUCGUUCUCUUUUUGCCCAUCUCAAAGCUUUCCUCGGGGGUUUUCCUCUGAAAAACCACCAAACCACUUCCUGUCCUUUCACAUGACUUGAGAUGAUCCAGAAUUUUUUUUUCUUUCCGAGGCAAGCAGGCAAUCUGCAUUCCUGGGUUGUGUGCACUCUGUAUACACUUAAAGCAGUUUUGAAACACAUUUGCCUUUCAUGGCUUCCCCCCAGAAAAUGCUGGGAACAGUCGUGCCUUGAGGGUGCUGGGAACUGUAGCGCUGUGCGGGUGCAAACUACAGUUCCCAAGAUUCUUGGGCCGGGGGCGGGGAGUGUCAUAUGCUUUAAAUAUAUGGUGUGUAUGCAGGCCUGAGCCACGCUCUCUAUUCUGCUAGCUUGGCAUUCUCCAAUCUUCCCAUUAAAUGCAGACGGGAUGCUUUUAAGAUGGGGUCUCUGGCCCUGUUGGCACAUGCAAGUCAUUGCUUGAUGAUGCAUCCACGGAGGAAACAUGCGCAAAAUCCAUUGCAAAUUAAAUGGGUUUCACUUCGCUUCUGAUCUGAUGCCCCACCCCAGUUGAGGUAUAUUCAAUAUGUUGGCUGAUGGGUGUGUCUGUGGGUCAGCCCUGACAUGCAAUUUUAUUGCUGGAGGACAUGAAGUUAGAAAAGAUGAAAGUGCCGCUGAGCACUGGCAGAGUGCAUUCCUCGCCGCCAGGGUGGAUUUGAUUUAAAUAAAAUCGAUUUAAAUCAGUAAGACUUGAUUUAAAUGAUUUCUUUUUACAGAAAGACUCAUCCUUGCUGGUAUAAUCUGAAUAUUUACAGCCAGAUGAAGGUUUCAUUUUUGGAAUCAUAAAUUUUCAGAGUAGCUUUUACAGUUGUAUCAAAAAUUACUGAUUUGGUUAUACUGUUAGAAAUACAUAGGGACAGUUAAUUAUGAAAUUGUUGUGAGGUUUAAGAAGUUAACUGUUUAUGUUUGGACAACUUUUCUGCUGGAAGGAGAAAAACAAUCAUUUCCUUAAUAGCAAUUUAAACAAUUUAUUUAACUGAAACAAUAACAUUAUAGCAUAUGUAUCCAUGUUUGUUAACUGAUGUGGUUAAACAAUUUAAAAAACCCACAAAACUUAGACUGAGUUUUAGCACACAUGAAAAACUUAAAACAAAUCCUUAUUUCCUGAUGAAUAGCCUUUGGACUAUAAUGUAACUUAAAUAGAAAACUAUCUUUAGAAAGAUUUUCCCUCCAAAAGCAUUUAAUUUUUAAAAUCCGAUUUAAUUUUUUAAAAAAUACGAUUUAAAUAAAUAAAAAUCUGAUUUAUUUAUUUUUAACCAUUGAUUUUUAUCCACCCUGAUCACCGCAGAGUAAUUGCAAGGAGCCUUUGUGGUCAGCAGUCAGAGGGUAACAACUUUCAGUUCAUAAAAGGUUUCCUCGUCUGGUUUUUUUUUCGGGAGGAAAGAACCCAGUGUGGAAACCAAAAAGGGAGAAAGUCUGCGGUGGGCAAAAUAUUAUUCAGCCCAAAUUGUUUCGAUAACAGAGAGACUCCAGUCUCCAGUGGCAUCUUUGGUUAAAGGGAUCAGACAGGAAGUGAGGAGGGGAGACCUCAUUGUAUAACCCCUAGAGCAGAGUGGGGAACCAAUCCCCUGUUCCCAAGGCUGCACCCCCUUGUAGACAGUGUUAGAAACUCAGAUAUAUAAGCUAGGUACCAAAAAGCACCUGCAAUCGCCCUAACGGAAUGUCUAUUUGUCAGGGCUUGGACUAGAUCAAACUCAACCCUCCAGCUGUUUUAGGACUACAACUCCCAUCAUCCCUAGCUAACAGGACCAGGGGUCAGGCAUGAUGGGAAUUGUAGUCCCCAAACAGCUGGAGGGCUGAGUUUGGGGAUGCCUUUACUAGAUUCUACAAUCCUACGAUUCCAUGGUCCCAACUGCAUUGCUUGACUGCAGCUUGCUCUUACAACAGCUCCCUUGUCCCAGUGUGCAAGAAGGAAAGAUACACACAGUGGAAAUGGAAAUGUUGUUAACUACAGUGGUACCUCUGGAUGUGAACAGGAUCAGUUCCGGAGCCCUGUUCUCAUCCUGAAGUGAACGCAACCCGUGUCUGCGCAUGCGCGGGUCACGAUUCGCCGCUUCCGCACAUGCGCGUGACGUCAUUCCGGUUACUUCCGGUUUGCCACGGAGUGCAACCCAAAAAUGCUAAACCCGAAGCUACUUCAACCCGAGGUAUGACUGUAUAUGGAUUAAGGCAGAGGUUUAUAAACUGGGGUCGCCAACCUGGUGCCCAGAAAUCUCUACAUCAUCGCAAUUGAACCCGUGCAGGGCCAGAUUUAGCUUUGAUGAGGCCCUAAGAUACUAAAGGUAAUGGGGCCCUUAAUAUGUCCAGCUGUCCUUUGUCAACAACAAAUUGUCACUGUUUUUUUGCAUUGAAUAUAUGCUAUACAGUGGUACCUCGGGUUAAGUACUUAAUUCGUUCCGGAGGUCCGUACUUAACCUGAAACUGUUCUUAACCUGAAGCACCACUUUAGCUAAUGGGGCAUCCUGCUGCUGCCGCGCCGCCGGAGCACGAUUUCUGUUCUUAUCCUGAAGCAGUAUUUCUGGCUUAGUGGAGUGUGUAACCUGAAGCGUAUGUAACCCGAGGCACCACUGUAUGGUAAUUUACGGUAUCUCAGUUUAAUAGGUAUCUCAAGCCAUUUGCACAUGUUGCUGUGCAACCAGUCCAUGCAGAAUGGAGGCACCCUAUAUAUAGAAAAGAGCAAACCAGUGAUAUUUUAGGGAGCAGGCCAGCAGGCGGGGCCCAUGACAUCCUAGGAGCCUACACAACACAAAACACUGUUGCUGGAUGUAGGUUUUAUUUUAUUUGUUUUUUAUCUUAGAUUUUUGAAAUGUACAUCCAGUUGUUGUUUUUCCUUUAAUUUUUUGGGUGGCCCCAAGAGAGUGGGGCCCUAAGCUAUAGCUUGUUUAGCUUAUAUGUAAAUCCGGCACUGAACCCGUGCCAGUAGCAAAACGCGCCUGGCGCCUGGCUAAUUUCUAACACUGCUAGUACGGAAUUUUCGAAGGGGAGGGCACAAGUCAGGAGGCGAAACUGGGCAAAGCAAUUGAUGCAACUCUUGGCUUGGGGCCAGUAGACAGCAUUGCAAUCGGCCAAACCUGAGGUUCCCAUCUCUGGUAUGUGUGUGUGUGUGUGUGUUGUGUGUAUAGUUAUGGGGGUCUGAGAAUAGAGAUGAGACUUAUUCCUGUACCCUGCUGCACAUAUGUCACUUAGACAGAGCCGCUAGGGUGUCGUGAGACGGGAAUUUAAUUAUAGACUCCUGGGAGAUCUCUUGCAAUCCUGCUUCCACUUAGUUGCUUAUGAGUUCAGGCAAUUGUGCUGAUGUCUCACUCUGUGUUGGGAGUGACUGUGGAAUUCCGCCUCUCAGAGCUGAAUCUCUGUAUGAGUUGCUGUUCUGCGCACGCUUCCUCCCAUCUUCCCUUGAGUGCACCUCCUGAUUUAUUUUUUUAAAAAUAACUUUUUAUUAGAUUUUCCACAAUGAUAACACAAACCACAAAGCAAAAUGAUACACGAAAACAGAAAAAGAAAAAGAAAAGGGGGGGGGGAGGGAACAAGAAACAAUAACAACAAACUUAAUUCUUCACAAAUCCAACCUUUGAAACAUCUUGGUUGACUUCCUCAAAUCCCUCCCUUCUGAGUUUCCUUGUAAUUAAAAGUAACAGCUUUCCAAUAUCAUUAUUAAACUAAAACAGUUUCCAAUUAUAGUCCACCUUAUUCACUUUUCUUAACAUUCUAAAUCCCAUUUAUUUAAUUAUAACUUAGUUUAAUCCUAGGCCUACUGGUUUCUUUCAAGUUAUUUCUAUUUUUUUAUAUUACAGUAUUUAUUCAAAUAGUCCUUGAAUUUCCUCCAGUCCUCUUGAAACUCCUCUUCUUUCUGGUCGCGGAUUCUUCCAGUCAGGUCAGCUAGCUCCGAAAUGUCCAUCAUCUUCAUCUGCCAAUCUUCCACUGUUGGUAGUUCUUGUGUUUUCCAAUUUUUGGCAAGUAUUAUUCGGGCUGCCGUUGUGGCAUACAAAAAUAAUUGAACAUCUUUCUUGGGCAAUUCCAAACCUAUUAUUCCAAGAAGAAAGGCCUCUGGUUUCUUAAUAAAUGUAUAUUUCAGCAUUUUUUUCAGUUCAUUAUAAAUCUCUUCCCAGAAGUCUUUCAGCUUCCGAUUUUAAUUCACAAAACAUUGGCAUGCCGUAUAGUUAUCUUGGUGACAUGGUGGCGGGGAGCACUUUUUAGGGCGGUGGCCUCUGAGUCCUCUCCUCCUUUGCUGAAUUUGCGUGCAAAAGAAGCAUUUGUUUGUAGCCAAUGCAUCGCGGGCUCUCUGUGUGUGGUGUCCACGACAGUUUCGCCCCUUUGCGGAUGUGCUUCUUGGCCCCCAAAAGUGGGCAACCUCACUGCUAAAGUCAUUUCCUGCCUGUGCCAAGGUAGAAAAGCUGGCAAUUUCAUGGAUUACUAUGCGCUUAGCAGUUUUGCUAUGCCGGAAGUGGUUAUUAGAAAAACUAUUCUGCCUCUAACGUUCAAGCUUUCUGAAUUGUUUUUGUUAUUAUUCUUAUUUUACCUCUGUUCAGACUGGAAGAGACGGUGGGUGUCCGAUUCUGGCAUCCGAUGGAACGGGAUUGUGUUGAAUGUAGGAGAAGCCAAGGCAAUGCAAGCAGCAAAUGCAAACAGUCCCUUCCUUUUUUAAAAAAAUAUAUAUUUUUAUUGAUUUUUUAACAUAUCAGUUCCAACAGUCAUACAACAUAUCUUCCCAUCUUAUACAAUAUUUUAGACUUCCGUCAAUACCUCUGAUGAUUUUCUGUUCUUUAUCACUUAUUCUGCAUUUCUUAAUUUCUAUAUUACAUUUAAAUAUCCUUAACUAAUAAUUCUCUUCAUAGUCUUUCUUGCAGUAUUUCAAAUAAUGCACCUUACAAAACUUCUUGCAGACCUACUAGCGUAAUCUGUUCAUCACAAUUACUUUUCAGAUAGUUCAUAUAUUUACUUCUAAGAAUCUCUGAUCGCAAACUGUCCCAUCCUUGGAGGUUUUUAAACGCAGAGGUCACAUUGCCACCUGUCAUUCAUGGUCUAGUUGGGAUGCCUUCAUCGCAGGGGGCUAGACUAGAUGCAUGAGAGAUUUUACUUUCUUGGGCUCCAUGAUCACUGCAGAUGGUGACAGCAGUCACGAAAUUAAAAGACGCCUGGAUCUUGGGAGAAAAGCAAUGACAAACCUAGACAGCAUCUUAAAAAGCAGAGACAUCACCUUGUCAACAAAGGCCCGUAUAGUUAAAGCUAUGGUUUUCCUAGUAGUGAUGUAUGGAAGUGAGAGCUGGACCAUAAAGAAGGCUGAUCGCCGAAGAAUGGAUGCUUAUGAAUUAUGGUGCUGGAGGAGACUCUUGAGAGUCCCAUGGACUGCAAGAAGAUCAAACCUCUCCAUUCUGAAGGAAAUCUGCCCUGAGUGCUCACUGGAAGGACAGAUCGUGAAGCUGAGGCUCCAAUACUUUGGCCACCUCAUGAGAAGAGAAGACUCCCUGGAAAAGACCCUGAUGUUGGGAAAGAUGGAGGGCACAAGGAGAAGGGGAUGACAGAGGACGAGAUGGUUGGACAGUGUUCUCGAAGCUACCAACAUGAAUUUGACCAAACUGUGGGAGGCAGUGGCAGACAGGAGUGCCUGGCGUGCUCUGGUCCAUGGGGUCACGAAGAGUCGGACACGACUAAACAACAACAACAGACUAGAUGGCCGUAGGGAUCCCUUCCAACUCCACAAUCCUGUGAUUCUUGAGGUGAUAACUUCCUGAGACAUUUCAUGGGCACUAUGUGCGGUUGGUGGAAACACUGGCACCCAUGCGUGCCAAACCAGUGACCUCCUGGGACCCCUUGCACAAAGCAGAGUAGCUUUAGAUCAGGGUUCAGCAACCUUUUUCAGCUGUGGGCCGGUCCACCGUCCCUCAGACCUUGUGGGGGGCCGGACUAUAUUUUCUUGGGGAAAAGAACAAAUUCCUAUGCCCCACAAAUUACCCAGAGAAAUAAUUUAAAUAAAAGUACACAUUCUACUCAUGUCAAAACACCAGGCAGGCCCCACAAAUAACCCAGAGAUGCAUUUUAAAUAAAAGGACACAUUCUACUCAUGGAAAAACACGCUGAUUUCCGGACCGUCCGCGGGCUGGAUUUAGAAGGCGAUUGGGCCGCACCUGGCCCCUGGGCCUUAGGUUGCCUACCCCUGCUUUAGCUCCUAAUCCAAGUGGCAAGAACUUUCUAGAAGCGAGGGCUGGCAGUUACUGUCCUCUUGCAAGGUUGGAAAUAAAUGUCUGUGCUUUGCGGUUGCCAGAGUCAUAAAUAUUCAUCUCCUUCCACAAUAAUAAAAUACAGUAUGUGACCCAUAGUGCUGUUUCUGAAAACGCUUGACUUCAAGACAGAUAUUCUCCCCCACCCGUCCCCAGUAGUUCAAUCUUUUAUGCAGGAAGGAAGCCUUAACUAGAGAGAAGGCUUCUUGAGUCAGUUUGAAGAGAUCCUGCGUGUGUACUCUAAAAUAACCCCGCAGUAUGGACAAACAUGAACCUGUGUGUGCGUUGUAGAUGGCCACUUAAUAUAAUUAACUGAUGUUUUAAAAAUCACAUUCAUUUAAGCAACAACAACUCUUCACUAUAUAUCUAAAAAAAAAUAAAUUAUGGAAAAGUAGUAUGCACCAACAGGUAUAGCCAGCAUUUGAAAUUUGCAAGGCACAUUUUGCACCUGGCUAUCGGCCACUUGGGACGUGGGUGUCGCUGAGGGUUAAAUCACAGAGCCUAGGACUUGCUGAUCAGAAGGUCGGCGGUUCGAAUCCCCGCGAUGGGGUGAGCUCCUGUUGCUCGGUCCCUGCUCCUGCCAACCUAGCAGUUUGAAAGCACGUCAAAGUGCAAGUAGAUAAAUAGGUACCGCUCCGGCAGGAAGGUAAACGGCGUUUCUGUGCGCUGCUCUGGUUCGCCAGAAGAGGCUUAGUCAUGCUGGCCACAUGACCCGGAAGCUGUACGCCGGCUCCAUCGGCCAGUAAAGCGAGAUGAGCGCCGCAACCCCAGAGUCGGCCACGACUGGACCUAGUGGUCAGGGGUCCCUUUACCUUUACCUAUCAGCAACUUGCGACCAAGUGAAGACGCCUGGGCACUAGUAUGGCGCCUGAUGUCUCCACCAUUAGAGGUGCAUGCCUGGAGAUCCUUGGAUCGGGACUGUUUUCACGCACUAAAAACACACCCUGUAGCAUUCUAUCCUUGUUUUUUAACUGCACAGUCAGAACGAAUUUCAGGAACCAAAUUCAUAUUGAAAAAGGCAACUUUUGAGCUUAUCUAGCCCCAAAAUGGCAACUAGGCAUACUGUUUUGGCGACUGUAACCCUGGCUUAAGGAGCUGUUUAGCUUGUCUUCUUCUUUGGUGAUCCCUUGUAGCUGAGUAAGACUGUCUUCCAUAUACACGGUUUUAACAAUGAGUCCAUAAGUGACUGUGGAGGCCAAUUCUGGACCCACACGUCCUUCCACAGUGGGGACACAGGUUUCUGGGCGGGAGUUGAUCCCGGUGUGGAUUUGCCAAGCGUGCCUUCCUCUUGGCACAUUUCUCCCUUUUGUCCUGAGCUCGAGUGUCUUCAAAGCCCAUGACACCUUUGGUAAAGGCUGUUCUCCAACUGGAGCACUCGCAGGCCAGUGUUUCCCAGUUGUCAGUGUUCAUACUACAUUUUUUUAGAUUUGCUUUGAGAGAGUCUUUAAAUCUCUUUUGUUGACCACCAGGAUCACACUUUCUAUUUUUAAGUUUCUUUGAGUACAGUGGUACCUCGGGUUACAGACGCUUCAGGUUACAUACGCUUCAGGUUACAGACUCCGCUAACCCAGAAAUAGUACCUCGGGUUAAGAACUUUGCUUCAGGAUGAGAAAAGAAAUUGCGCGCAGCAGCAGCAGGAGGCCCCAUUAGCUAAAGUGGUGCUUCAGGUUAAGAACAGUUUCAGGUUAAGAACGGACCUCUGGAACGAAUUAAGUACUUAACCCGAGGUACCACUGUGGUUGCUUUGGAAGAUGAUAGAGUAGUUGCUUUGGAAGACAAUAAUCAGACAUCCGAACGACCAUGACCCAGUCCAAUGAAGUUGAAUUUCUAAUACUGAGUAUAGCUCAUCAGGAAGUCUAGAUAAUCAUGAGGUUCAUGAAAGUGUACCCUUGUAUUUACAAGAGUUACCCCAGUGUUCCCAGAUUAUGGUUUGUUCUGCUGCAACCAAAGUGACUGACCUCUAUGGCAGAAAGUUCCUUUAAAGUGAACAUGUAAAAAAAAAAAAAAGAAUUGUCCAAUGUCAAUACAUUAUUGAACUAUUCAGAGGAGCAAACACCUCUGGGACGCCCAACACCUUUGCCAAACAAUUUUCUCACGUUGCCACUCUCUGAAAACGUCACCUCUUGGGUGUGGCAGGCUUAGCUUCGCUCCUGAGCUGGCUAGUGAUACUUUCACCGGACCAGUAAAUGAUGGUUUGCUAUGUUUUUUUAUGGCUGAACACAGAAAUGUAACAGGCUUAAAUCCCCAGGCGAGCUUGUUCCCAGCACAGCGAUUCAGCGGCUGGGGGUGGCAUGGAGAGGUUCAGUGGGCAAUUUCGACCAGUUAUGCAGAAAAUAUGAACACGGCACUUCUGUCCUGUGGAAUAGGUGCCAAUUUUAAAGCCCGCGGUCUAGACAGCCAUUGUUUAAAAGAGGGAAAAGUCAGAUGAGGGUGAGGAUAUUGAGAAUCAGCCUAGCUUUCCUCCAUCACUGGCCCAAACGCAAUGAUCCAGUUUGGAUGGGGCACAAAAUCCUCUCCCUUCUUGAAAACGUGUGUUUUUUCAUGCUAUUUUAGGGCUCUGAUAUAGGCUGGGGAGUCCUGCACCAGCCCAUGGGGUUGCUGAUUUUGUACAGUGGUACCUUGUGUUAUGGAAAAAUCUAGGUGUGAGGCUGCUCAGUCACCCAGCUCAUCGGGCAGAACCCGCGGAUCCCUGCAGAAUAAAGGAAGGAGUCCAGCCACCAACCGGAGCCAAUAGCUGUAGACCAAAGUUUAUUGCGCAACAGGUUCAAAGAGGAAUUUUGAGCCCCGAGGAUGGGGUGACAAGGACUUUUUAAAGUUUCCCACCAUAUCCCAGAAUACAGUUCGUACAGCAUCAUUGAUACAUCACUGACAUGUCACAAAAGGGGAGGGGUAGACAGGGGUUACACCAGUUUAACCUUGGCAAACAUGUCCAGACAAGUCCUUGGUACAAGAUUAGCAUAAGCAGACAUGGCAGGGUAAGACCCAGGUAUCAGAUUAGCAUAGGCAAACACCUCUGAAGUCCCACCACCCAAAGUCCAAUAGAACUUCCUUUGCAUGUCUGGACCCCUUGGCAAGUCUGGGGGUGGGAUUAGGCUUUCCUUGGCCAACAAUCAGCUCAGCAGUUGUCACCUCUGGGCACUUCCUGGGGUAGGCGGUGUGUAUACAUGGAGGAAACUGGCAAAGGAUGAUUGUUAAAGCUAGGUAACUUCCCUGAGCUAUCAAGUCGAAAGGAUACAUUUAUGCAUAAUAUUUGUAACAUUUAACAACUUUAAAGAUGUGCCCCCUCCUGUAAUUUACGUAACACUUGGUUCUCGAACUUAAUCCGUUCUGGGAGUCCAUUCGUCUCCCGAAACGGUUCGAAAACCAAGGUGCGGCUUCCGAUUGGCUGUAGGAACUUCCUCCAGUCAAGCGGAAGCCGCGUCGGAUGUUUGGCUUAUGGAAAAUGUUCUCAAACAGGGAAGCAUACUUCCGGGUUUGCAGCAUUCGGGAGCCAAAACAUGCGAAUACUAAGGCAUUCGAGAACCAAGGUACAACUGUACUAGCUCCUUUUCAAGUUUCGUUCUUGCUGGGUGAGGGAAAAUCCGUGCCAGCCCUUGUCAAUCUGGUGUCUUCAAGGUGUUUUGGACUACGAUUUCCACCAGCUCCAGCCAGCCCUUCCCACUUUACAUUGUGAAAGUUUUCUGUCUUGAUCCUAGAAUCUUAGAGUUGCAAGGGACCCCGAGGGUCAUCUAGUCCAACCCCCUGCAAUGCUGGUCAAGCAUCCAGGACAGAUGGCCAUCUAACCUCUGCUUGGAAACCUCCAAGGAAGGAGAGUCCACCACUUGCUGAGGGAGCCUGUUCCUCUCGCUGUCAGAAAGUUGAGUCAAGAUCUCCUUCCUUAUAACUUGAACCCAUCGGUUCAAGUCAUAGACUCUAGAGCUUGCUCCAUUUUCCAUAUGGCAACCCUGGAGGUAUUUGAAGAUGGCGAUCGUGUCUCAGUCUCCUCUCCUAGCUCCAGGGCUCAGAUCUUGAGCAUGAGGUCUAAUUCAGAACAUACCAUAUUUUUCACUCUAUAAGACGCACUUUCCCCUCCUAAAAUGUAAGGGGAAAUGUGUGUGCGUCUUAUGGAGCAAAUGGAGUGAAUGCAGGCUGCACAGCUAUCGCUGAAGCCAGAACAGCAAGAGGGAUUGCUGCGCAGCAAUCCCUCUUGCUGUUCUGCCUUCAGCAAUAGCCGCACAAAGUCUCCUCAACAACAUUUGAUUCAGAAUAUUUUUUUUCUUUUCUUCCUCCUCUAAAAACUAGGUGCGUCUUAUAGAGUGAAAAAUACGGUGAAUCUGCUCCACUUCCCAGUGGGAAGGAGUUGCGGUGGACCGCAUGGCCACCCACUCCCCUCCGGGGGCGGGGGACUUAGUCCCCUGUUGCCCGGGGGAUCCUGGCCAAAUCAGAGCCCGGCCAGCCAAUCCGCUGGCCGGGGGGCGGGCGUGGCUGGGACCAUUUAAUCAGAGGCGCGAGCCGGAGGGCUUCUUCUUUGGCUCGCUUCCUCAAUCACCCAGCCUCCCUCCCUAAUUUGCAGGUUUUAGGCACUGGCCUUGCUAUGGACCUUGGUUGGCCUGGUAGGAAUUUUUCCACUUGGCAAAUUGGCAUGGCCAUGUGGUUUUCGCCUACCUCAUAGCAAUCAUCACAACUUUGUUAGGGUUGCGGUUAGGCAUUGUUUGACCUUGUGAUGGGGGAGGGGAGGUGUGGCUAUCACCUGCCCCUCCAAGCUUAAGGAUAUUCCGUUAAAGGAAUCCAGGAGUGCUGAUCUGGUCCGAAGCCCGGGUCGGGGGGGGGCUAGGGCCAUGACACGACCCCGACGGGAACACCAGGGGGAGCUCGAGUUGGUCUGCACCGACAGGGCUCCCCCUUCCGGUGGUUUACCCUUACCGGACUUCCUGCGCAUCGGGUAUAGUCGGGUCCAUUCAGUGCCUAAGCCAAUACCGCUCACAUUCUGUAAUCAAUAAAGUUGUGGCCAAAUUUGCCCCAAACCAUUAACCUAAUACCCGUGUCCUUGUGUGUGUUAAUUCUCAACGAGGGGGUGGCUUCGGGGUCUCGACAUGCAAGAAGAGGCUGGUGAAUCAGGCCAGUGGCCCAUCUAGUUUAGCAUCCUCUCCUCAGAGGGACUGAUGAUUCCUCUGGGAAGUCUGAAAGCAUGACCUGAGCACAAAAGCACUCUGUCCCCCUGUGGCUUCUAGAAACUGGUACCCAAAAGCAUGACUGACCAUGGAGGCAGAGCAUCGCCAUCAAGCCACCACUGUCUCUCAUGGAAGCAAGUUCCGUAGUUUAAAUACACACUGCAGAAAGAACUUGCUUUUGUUGUUGUUGUUUAGUCAUUUAGUCAUGUCUGACUCUUCGUGACCCCAUGGACCAGAGCACACCAGGCACUCCUGUCUUCCACUGCCUCCCGCAGUUUGGUCAAACUCAUGCUGGUAGCUUUGAGAACACUGUCCAACCAUCUCGUCCUCUGUCGUCCCCUUCUCCUUGUGCCCUCCAUCUUUCCCAACAUCAGGGUCUUUUCCAGGGAGUCUUCUCUUCUCAUGAGGUGACCAAAGUCUUGGAGCCUCAGCUUCAGGAUCUGUCCUUCCAGUGAGCACUCAGGGCUGAUUUCCUUCAGAAUGGAUCGGUUUGAUCUUGCAGUCCAUGGGACUCUCAAGAGUCUCCUCCAGCACCAUAAUUCAAAAGGAUCAAUUCUUCAGCGAUCAGCCUUCUUUGAAAUCUUCCAACCUUUAGCUUCCUUGGAUGUCCACGAGUUCUUCUGUUACAAGGUAAAGGGACCCCUGACCAUUAGGUCCAGUCAUGACCGACUCUGGGGUUGCGGCGCUCAUCUCGCUUUACUGGCCGAGGGAGCCGGCUUACAGCUUCCGGGUCAUGUGGCCAGCAUGACUAAGCUGCUUCUGGUGAACCAGAGCAGCGCACGGAAACACCGUUUACCUUCCCGCCGGAGUGGUACCUAUUUAUCUACUUGCACUUUGACGUGCUUUCGAACUGCUAGGUGGGCAGGAGCAGGGACCGAGCAACGGGAGCUCACCCCGUUGCGGGGAUUCGAACCGCCGACCUUCUGAUCGGCAAGUCCUAGGCUCUGUGGUUUAACCCUCAGCGACACCCGCGCUGAAAAACGUUGCUCUUUCCACUUUAUCUGUCCUCUGUGUGUCAAGUUUAUUUUUUGGGAGUUUCUGCCGGGCUGAAACUUCUCGGUUUUUUUCUCUGGGCACACCAAUUUGCUCCGGCAUGUGUGGGAACUGCAAUUGUGAGUGCCUCAAAACAUUGCAACAAACCUCUGUUUUGCAUCUAGCCUUAGGUUACCAGACAGUCCCCGGAUUUCCAAAUUAGUCCCCAUACAAAAUCCAUUGAAGUUGAAAAUAAUAAUAAUAAUAAUAACAUUUAUACCCCGUCCACCUGGUAUAGUGUCCCCGGAUUCAUUGAACAAAAUCUGGUAGCCUUCAUCUAGCGAGUCUGUUGGUAGAAGUUAGCCAUUGUUUCCCAAACUCUGCUCAAAAACCAAACUAACCCAAAGCCCUAUUUUAGGAGUUGGGGGAGAACUUUUAAGCUUUCCCUCAGCCUUUCCUGAGACUUAUCUGAUGAAGUUUAUCUUUCUCCCAUCACUACGAAUUACGACAUGUUUUUAGCAACCGAGAGGCUUUGACUAUUAGCUUCUGUGUGUAUAUGUGUGCUUUGCUCUGUUUGGAAACAGGGCGCUGUGAGUUUGUUCAGUGCUGUUCUUAUUGAUCUGGAAACACCCUGAGUUCGGGGUGUGCUCUUAAAAAAGAUAACAUUUCCCAUGAACAAGUGGAAGAAUGCAGUGACUCAGUGCGGUCCUGUGUUUUACAGCGUGGGAGGGAAGAGGGCACACAGAGAACCUGUCCCUCUUGUGUACACUGUAAGUUUCCAUCUUUGUUGACCCGUGUUUGACUAGGAGGAGCGAAUGGGGAGCCUCCAGGCAGUCUCUGCUUUUCUAUAGAUCGGAACGGCAAUAUUUGCAGCCGGGGCUGAGCGAAUGAACAAAUAAAUGAUUGAAAUCUCCCUCCCAACACUUUCUUAUGGCGUAAAGAAAUACAAGCCUACUGUGGAGAGAAAGGGCUAGAUGUGGGGCUUGUUAGCUAUGAGCUAAAUUCAGCCAGCAAAUACUAAUACUAAUACCAAUAAUCUUUUUUCAUGUUUAUAUGCUCAAUUUGGAUCCAGUCUAGAGUCAUAUUCUAGCCAUGAUGGAUGGAUAUUCUCUCUUUUUUUGUACAUAAUUUUUGUAAAAUUUUCUGUUUUUUACAUCCUUAAGAUAUCAGUGAUGUCCCUUCUUCUACAGUGGUACCUCUGGUUAAGAACUUCAUUCGUUCCGGAGGUCCGUUCUUAACCUGAAACUGUUCUUAACCUGAGGUACCACUUUAGCUAGUGGGGCCUUCCGCUGCUGCCGCGCUGCCACCACGCGAUUUCUGUUCUCAUCCUGAGGUACUAUUUCUGGGUUAGCGGAGCCUGUAAACUGAAGCAUCUGUAACCCGAGGUACCACUGUAGUUGCUUUGGAAGACGAUCAUCAGGCAUCCGCACAACAUGACCAGUCCAACGAAGUUGAUGUUGAAGAAUCAUUGCUUCGACAUGAGUGAUCAUUAAUGAGCGACUCCAGCAUCUCUGAGUACGCUAUGUCUACCCACUAUUUAACAGUACUAUUUCUGGGUUAGCGGAGUCUGUAACCUGAAGCAUCUGUAACACGAGGUACCACUGUAUUUCCAUGGUUCAUUUUACAUAUCACAAAUCCCUGCAUAUUUUACAAAAACCAUACCAUUCAGUAUUCCAUCACUGCAUCCAUCAAAACUUGUUCACACUGUUGAAUUUACCUUAAUGCUGCCAGCGUUUUCAGCCAUAUACAAUUAUUUCCCAUGUACUCAGUAAACGGUUUCCAAUCUUCUUUAAACAUACGGUGUUCUUGUUCUCUUAUUCUAUAUGUUAAGCCUGCGAGUUGGGCAUAUGGCUAUUCUCUACCCUUCACUGUUGGACAAAGUCUGCCUCUGAAUACCAGUUGCCUGGGAAUUGUGGUUGGGGAGACGGCUGCUUUGUUCAGCUCCUGCUUUUGGGGUUUUGCACAGGGAUCUGGAGGACCAGUGUGAGAACAGGGUGCUGGGCUGGGGAGGCCAUUGGCCGGAUCCAGUACAGCCAGCUCCCCUAAUGUCCUCGUGACCUAAACAUACUCUGCGGUUGUGGUGCUCAUCUCGCUUUACUGGCCGAGGGAGCCGGCGUACAGCUUCCGGGUCAUGUGGCCAGCAUGACCAAGCCACUUCUGGCGAACCAGAGCAGCACACGGAAACACCGUUUACCUUCCCGCUGGAACGGUACCUAUUGAUCUACUUGAACUUCGAACUGCUAGGUUGGCAGGAGCAGGGACCGAGCAACGGGAGCUCACCCCGUUGCGGGGAUUCGAACCGCCGACCUUCUGAUCGGCAAGUCCUAGGCUCUGUGGUUUAACCCACAGCGCCACCCGCGUCCCAGUGCUUGGGCUUAUUCACCUGCAAAUUCCAGCUGCCAUUUUCUGCGGCCACCAUUGUUGGUCAAUGGCCUUUCAUUAGAAGCAAAAGUUUCCCAAGCCCUGAAACCUUGAGAAAUGGAGAAGACGCUGGAGGCCUCAUUGCUUGAUUGGAUCAAGACUCCUUCUUGCUCAAUAUUCUGUGGUAGGCAGGCAGUGUGGCCAUCGAGGUUCCUCUUUGGGGAAUGUGUUCAUUUAUUUUUCUUCCGCCGUGAGCUUGUACUGCUGUGAUGAGUGCAAGUGCAAAAAUGUAUACUCUUUUAUUUUUGCAAAUUGGGGAUUCUGCUCUGGCAGUUGCAGUAUUCACAUGACCGGGAGCCUGAAUAAAAUAUCCGGCCAAGGUUUCAAACUUUCCAGUUGUAACAAUCUGCAUUCACGUAAACUGUUGCACUGGGCUUCAGCAGCAGCCAGCGGUUUUAUCCGAGGCUUUGGCGCAAACAUUUAUGCUGUUCUCUUGGGCCUGUUAUGAACCUUUUUGGAUUAGCUGGCUGGGGCUUGCACGGUCUCUCGAAUUUGCAAUUCAUGCCCCCCUCCCACCCCUGCUUUGUGAAGCAGAAAGACAUACAAUGAGGACUUUUCAUGUCUGGAAAUGGAAGGCUGAUGAAAACUGCAGCUUAUUUCUAUGGAAAUGAAUAGAAAAAUGAAUAACUUUCAUAGUCCUCCAUAUAACCAAUUCUUUUAUAUUUAGAGGACAUCUAAUUCUUAAGGCAGGAUAUUCACAGAAGACAGUAGGCUGGUUUGCUUCAAAUUAAUACGAGAUUCCUUGCAAAACCCCUCGCUUUCUUGUCCUGAGUCAACCCCCAAACCUCUUCAGGUAUCAAUUCUUACUUUUCUCCAUCUAAGCUCAUGCCUGUAUCUUGACUGCUUGUUACCACUUUGUACCAUAGCUGUCAACUUACAGAUUUGAAAAUAAGGGACCAGCAGCCUCGAAAAUAAGGGAUCAGCAGCCAAAAUAAGGGAUUUUCCAAGCACAGCUUUGUUCAACUUCUGAGCCCCUCCAAGCCAAAGGCAGAAAGCCCAGCCAGCAGUCAAACGAAGCCUCAAGCGGUGGUUCCCACAGUGCAGCAACCCGGCAAAGGGGAUGCAGCAAGAAAACCACCGUCACCUCUCCGCUGGGAAGCGCUGAGCAAAGGCGAGUCCCCAGGCAAUGCGGCCGAUUUGAUUGGCACAAGGCAUGCAAGCUCCACCCCCCAGUCGUUCUUAGACUCCUUAUUGGGUGAGCAACGCAGCCAAGCAACACAGUUGGAGCCUCCCUCCUCCCUGGCCGGCAGGGAGGGAGGGAGAGGAGCUGCUUCCUUUGAAACCCGGAAAAUUUAAGGGACAUCAUCAAUAAGGGACAGCAGCAGGACACAGCGCUGGGAUAAGGGACUUUCCCGCCAAAUAAGGGACGGUUGACAGCUAUGCUUUGUGCUUCAAAACAGGGCACAAUUUUUUAUUCUUGCACCAGAGCCUUGCAAAUUGCAGGUGGACUGUCAAUGUCAUUCCAGUCUGUGUGAUUUUUAAGGUGCUGGGCAGAUUGCACAGUCCAAAUUUGUUGGCCAAAUUAACAUUAACAAGAAAGAAAAGCAGAAAAUGCACAAUGGGGGGGGGACAAUAUUAACUAUAUAGUUUGGAAAGCUGUAUGUUUGGGCAGAAUCCAUCAAUGGAAACCUUGCGCAAGAGGAAUAAUAUUGUUUUGGGUGGAAGAUGGACUGCAGCAGAACAGAAACAGUGCUGCUUGAGAUUACUGUGGGAUGAAAUGGAAAAUGAUGCCUUCUUAUAUCCCUAGAUGUGGGUACCCCAUGGUUUUGCGCUCUGUGAGGAUGAGCUAGCAAUAAAUCACGCAAAGUGAAGCUGGUUCUUUAUUAACAGCUACAGGAUCUGCUCAGGAGUGCUAGGCCUAGUGAGCACAUCACCUUUUCCUGGUAGAUCUUGUCCCUAUGAGACAGCUGCAGAGGCUGAAGGUCCCAAACUUCCCACAGCUCCCUAAGUCUCCUCCUCCCCCAGGUCCUUUUGAGACUGCGCCUGCUUGCAGCCAACCUCUCCUCCUCCCUCUUCAUACCUCUCCUGGUCCCAGGAGACCAAGGGUGAAGGGAGCUUGUUGCAGCAGGAGGGGGAGACUUCCUGGCGUCUUCACCGGCCUGACUUAUCUCUGCCUCUUGGUCCUCCUCCUCUUCAGCCUCUGCUUCUGUCUCUGCUUCUAGACUUCUCUCUGCCACAGACUUACCCCGCUCACUAAACCCUGUUCCUUCCGGCACCUCCUCCUCUCAAUCUUCUCCCUCUGACCACUCAGCGUAGUCCCACCACCACUCCCCAGGCCCUGGGCCUUUCCCCCUUGGGGGCUCCCCAGCUGGUGCCUCCCACCAUCCCUCUGUGUCCAAACCGGUCCGUGACACCCUCUGUGCUCCCAAAGCCAUUUUUCUGCCCCUCGCAAGGUGAAGGAUGCUGCCCCAUCACCAGUUUGGGAACAAGAUCAGUUGUCAGAUUGAUCGCCUUCUGUCUCCAGGGCGGCUGACUACCAGCUCCAUCUGAUACACAGGCUGAGACCCUCCCUGCCUGCGGACUGUCUCGCCAGAGUGGUGCAUGCUCUGGUUAUCGCCCGCUUGCACUACUGCAAUGCGCUCUACAUGGGGCUACCUUUGAAGGUGACCUAGAAACUACAUCUAAUCCAGAAUGCGGCAGCUAUACGGGUGACUGGGAACAGCUGCCGAGACCACAUAACACCGGUCCUGAAAGACCUACAUUGGCUCCCAGUACGUUUCCGAGCCCAAUUCAAAGUGUUGGUGCUGACCUUGAAAGCCCUAAACGGCCUCGGCCCAGUAGACCUGAAGGAACGUCUCCACCCCCAUCGUUCAGCCCAGACACUGAAAUCCAGCUCUGAGGGCCUUCUGGUGGUCUCGCUGUGAGAAGUGAGGUUACAGGGAACCAGGCAGAGGGCCUUCUCGGUGGUGGCGCCCGCCCUGUGGAACACCCUCCCAUCAGAUGUCAAGGAAAUAAGCAACUAUCUGACUUCUAGAAGACAUCUGAAGGCAGCUCUGUUUAGGGAAGUUUUUAAUGUUUGAUGUUUUAUUGGUUUAUUAUUAUUAUUAUUAUUAAUAAUAAUAAUAAUAAUAAUAAUAUUCUGUUGGGAGCUGCUCAGAGUGCCUGGGGAAACCCAGACAGAUGGGUGGGGUAUAAAUAAAUUAUUAUUAUUAUUAUUAUUAUUAUUAGAAUGAGGGGAGGGGACCAUCUUCCCCAUUGCCUCGGGCAGCAAAAUUUCAGGGUCAGCCCAAGCAUUUGAACUGGAAGUGACGCCUUUGCAUUGUGCAUGCAAAAAAGCAGCAGCAGCAGCAGCAACAGGAGGUCAAACAGAGCCUGGACUUCUUGGUCCUACUGAUGGAGAAAUCACAGGUCUUCCGAUUUCCUCUGGGCUGAGUAAAGCCAUUUCUGUGUCUGCAAAUUCCAGCUGCUCUUGAGAGAAAGUAAUUAAUCAAGAAGUCCUUGGCUCGGAUCCAGGAGGCCUUUUUAAUUAAAAGGGGGGGAAAGAGCAGCUUGUUCAAGAAGCGCUGCUAAAUCUUAGUGUCAUCCGUGCAGAGCAGAAUAUCUACAUCUGUGGGGCACAGAGUGGCAUUUCGCUCUUUCAGCGGGACUUGCCAACAUCUGGCAUUUUUGCCUCUUUGCACCGAAGGCUCUUGUAUCUGUGUAAAAACAAGCCUCCUCCCGAUUUUGACUCUGGUCUCACUCACCAGAGGCAUGUGGCCCUCCAAAUAUUAUUCAGAGAGGAACGCAGGCUUUCUCCAUCCCUGCUUUAGCGUUAGUGAGUCAUCGGGGUGUCUAAGAAACCGUUUGCAGUGCCUGUCAGUGGGGGAAAUGGGAUGAAACAGCCCUCUGCACUUACGCAGAGGCAGAGUCAAUAUUGCUGUGCCUCCGGGAAAAUUCAUUUACGUGUUUGGCACUGGUUUGGAGUGAAUCGGACAAUGUCGGGUUUUGGAGGGAUACCCAUGGCCCCCAGUUUGAGGAUCAAGAACUCAGUUUGUUGGCAGAGGUUUAAAGACUGUUUCAAGGCAAAUCUUAAAAAAUGUAGUACGGUGGUACCUCUGGAUGCGGACAGGAUCCGUUCUGGAGGCCCGUUCGCAUCCUGAGUAGAAUGCAACCCACGACUGCGUGGGUCAGGAUUUGCUGUGUCUGCGCAUGCGUGUGAUGUCGUUUUGAGCGUCUGUGCAUGCGCGAGUGGCGAAACCAGGAAGUAACACGUUCCGUUACUUCUGGGUUGCCGCGGAGCGUAACCUGAAAAUGCAAGGUAUGACUGUACAGUGGUACCUCGGGUAACAGACACUUCAGGUUACAGACUCUGCUAACCCAGAAAUAGUACCUUGGGUUAAGAACUUUGCUUCAGGAUGAGAACAGAAAUCGUGCUCCGGUGGUGCGGCAGCAGGAGGAGGCCCCAUUAGCUAAAGUGGUGCUUCAGGUUAAGAACAGUUUCAGGUUAAGAACGGACCUCCAGAACGAAUUAAGUUCUUAACCCGAGGUAUCACUGUAUAAACACUGACAACUGGGAAACACUGGCCUGCGAGCGCUCCAGUUGGAGAACAGCCUUUCCCAAAGGUGUCAUGGGCUUUGAAGACACUCGAACUCAGGACGCAAGGGAGAAACGUGCUAAGAGGAAGGCACGCCUUCUCUUGGAGGCCCCCCCAAAAAUUUAAAGGGAAAAACAACAACUGGGUGUACAUUUCCAAAAUACAAAUAAAAUGAAACCUACAUUCAGCAACAGUGUUUUUCGUUGUGUAGGUUCCUAUGAUGUAAGUCAUGGGCCCCCAAUCACUUUAAGUUAGAGCUUAAUAAUAAUUUCACUAUUAAUAUAGUAAAGGUAAAGGUACUCCUUCCCCUAACGGGCCAGUUGUGUCCGACUCUAGGGUUGUGCGCCCAUCUUAAGAGGCCGGGGGCCAGCGCUGUCCGGAGACACUUCCGGGUCACGUGGCCAGCGUGACUAAGCCGCUUCUGGCGAACCAGAGCAGCGCAGAGAAACGCCGUUUACCUUUCCACUGGAGUGGUACCUAUUUAUCUACUUGCACUUUGACGUGCUUUCAAACUGCUAGGUUGGCAGGAGCAGGGACCGAGCAACGGGAGCUCACCCCGUCGCGGGGAUUCGAACCGCCAACCUUCUGAUUGGCAAGCCCUAGGCUCUGUGGUUUAACCCACAGCGCCACCCGCGUCCCUUCAAUAGCAAUAGCUUAGGGCCUCAUCAAACCUAAAUCUGGCCCUGCCCGUCUCUCACGUGGUACCCCUCUUCCUUCUGUCCUGCAGAGGCUGCCGGGAACAAUGUUCUCGUCCGUAAAGCCAUAUGAGAACCAGCGCUAUGCUGCCUUGAAGAAAGACUGCCAAAGGAGGAAAAUCCUCUUUGAGGACCCCUUGUUCCCGGCCAACGACGACUCCCUCUUCUACAAGUCGCGAAUUCAAGGUGUGCAAUGGAAACGGCCAAAGGUAAGGCGAAGCUUUGCGGGGAUGCUUUUAAAAGGAAAUGGGUAUAACAUUGAAUAUGAUGCUUGGGUGAAAUUAUGGGAUGAAGGCUUAAAAUUUACGGCGUGUACUACUUUGAAAAUGAUGUACCGCUGGUAUUUAACACCUGUCAAGCUAGCAAAAAUGUACAGAAUGAGUGUAAAGUGAAGGAUGGAGAUUUCUACCACAUGUGGUGGACAUGUGAGAAAAUGGAAAAAUUACCCACAAAAGAAGAAUGGAGGAUGAAAUUGAUGGACUAUGCAGAAUUGGAUAAACUAACCGGAAGAAUUCGAAACCUGCGAGACCAGAGAAUCACAGAAGACUGGUGUAAAUUUACGGACUAUUUGAAAAGUAAUUGUGAUGACCAGAUUACGUUUGUAGGUUUGCAAGAAGUUUUGUGAGGUAAAUUAUUUGAAUUAUUGCAAAAAUGGUUAAAGAGGUGGAUUGUGAGUUAAGAUAAUUAAAGGCAAUAGGAAUUUAAGAAAUGCAGAAGAAAUGAUAAAAAUGGUGGAUCAUCAGAGGGGCUGAUGGAAGUCCAAAAAGACUGUAUAAGAUGUGAAGUUCUGUGGAAUGUAUAAUAAUUGGUAUGUUGAAAAUAAUAAAAAUUAUACAUAUAUAUAAAAAAGAAAGUCUGUGUGCAAGAGAUACGGUAAUACUCUGGGCGCUCCUGCUUAGUGGGCCUGAUCCUUACCUCCCUUACUCCUCGUGGGAGAGGUUUGGCAUGUUGGUCCCCUGGCAUCACAGCAACAUCAGGCGACGACGGUGGGGACUUCCAAGCUGCCGCCUUCAAAGCUGGUGCAAAGCCAUAAAGGCCAACAUGGCAGAUAAUUUGUCAGAAAGGUACAGUGGGCUCUGCAGUCAGUGUUAGAAACUCAAGUGUAUAAUCUAAUCGCCAAAUGGCUCCUUAAAACUAGGCUGCGGUCACCACAAUGUCUAGAGGGUGGCAGCCCCCAAUGGAUUUUUAAAAUUUUAUUUAUUAUUAUUAUUAUUAUUAUUUAUUAUUAUUACAUAAUUCCAUUUCUAUACUGCUUAAUAUAAAUAAUAAUAUAAUAAUAAUAAUAUAAAUAUAGUACCUCACGUUACGGAACCCUCUGGUUAUAUAAACUUCAGGAUGCGAACGCAGCAAACCCGGAAAUAUUUUUUCGGGUUUCGCCACACGUGCAUGCGCAGAACAGGCACCUCCAGUUGCAAAUUCCUCGGGAUCCGUCCGGAGCUCCGGAAUGGAUCCCACAACCGGAGCUACCAUUGUAUAAAUAUAUUAUUUAUACCCCACCCAUAUGGCUGGGUUUCCCCAGCCACUCUGGGCAGCUCCCAACAGAAUAUUAAAAACAUGAUAAAACAUCAAACGUUAAAAACUUCCUAGUUCAGACCCCUACAGUAGCUUUAGACAAGCCGUCGUUCUUUUGACCUCAGUCUUGCCACCUGCAGUAUGGGGUGGCAGCACUGACCUAGCAUGGACGGCUGGUUGGACGUAUUACUGACAACACAUAUGAAUGUCUUCUGGCGUUUUGCUGUGUGCUAUAGGGUUCUUCAGCCAUCUUGCCUCUCCACCACAUGGAUAUGAUGAUGGAUCCUGACCAUAGGGCAGCCUCCCUUAACCUGGCUAGGUAUUUUGGAAUACAGCUUCCAUCAUCCCCGACCAUUGCCCAUGCUGGCUAUGGGUGAUGGGAAUUGUAGUCCCUAAUAUCUGCAGGGUAAAGGUAAAGAGACCCCUGACCAUUAGGUCCAGUCGUGGCCGACUCUGGGGUUGUGGCGCUCAUCUCGCUUUAUUGGCCGAGGGAGUCGGCGUACAGCAUCCAGGUCAUGUGGCCAGCAUGACUAAGCCGCUUCUGGCGAACCAGAGCAGCGCACGGAAACGCCGUUUACCUUCCCGCCGGAGCGGUACCUAUUUAUCUACUUGCACUUUUAGCAUGCUUUCGAACUGCUAGGUUGGCAGGAGCAGGGACCGAGCAACGGGAGCUCACCCCAUCACGGGGAUUUGAACCGCUGACCUUCUGAUCGGCAAGUCCUAGGCUCUGUGGUUUAACCCACAGCGCCACCCGCGUCCCUUAAUAUCUCCAGGGUACCAAGCGGGAAAAGAUUGCUUCUCCAGGCAGUCUCUUAGGCCUAAUAGCGAAACAGUACAAAACAAUUGCUCACAUUACGUUUUCCUAGGAUGGGUCAUUUUGGCACCAAUUGGGUGUCUCUAAAUGAGCUUAGUGCGUUAAUUUGAUUUCUGAAUUGAUGUGCUUUCCGGCAAACUGCAUAAACGUGCAUUUCUCAAGAGAGACGCUCUUUCCUUCCUCCUCCCCCUCCUGUUGCCUCAGCUGCAAAAUUCGCCCAGACGAACAAAGCACUUGAAUCUCAAGAAGGACAAGGCAAUAAUUGUCUGCUUUGGUCAAGGGUGGGAGAGGGAGCAUGGAGGGAAGUGGAAGCUGGAGCAGAUGGAGUCACUUUUGCCUCAUUGUUGACUGGUGCGUCAGAGCGUUUCCCAUGGCUGUGAAGAAACCCUUUUUCUUCUCUCAAGGAUGGUUUUCGUUUCGGAGUUUCCCCCCGCCUUUGGGGCUCCCCGUGCCACUGUGGACGUUGCCAGAGUCUUGGAAAGGGUUCAGAGAGAGAGCCAUAGCAAAAGAGAGGCCAAGGACUGCCUCCUGGUAUUCUGGACUACAUCUCCCAUCAUCCACAGCUGGCAGAACUGACCGAUGGGAGUUGUAGUACAGAAACCUGUUCCCCAGUGUUGAUGUGGGGAGCUGCUGGCCAAGAAGAGAAAAAUAAACGAGGAGAUAAAAAGCGCUGCGUGUUAGGGCCUUUUUCAACCUGUGGGUCCCCAGAUGUUGUUCAACUACAACUCCCAUCACCCCUAGCUAGCAAGGCCAGAGCUCAGGGAUGAUGGGAGUUGUAGUCCAACAACAUCUGGGGACCCACAGGUUGAGAACCACUGUUUAGGCCAAAGAAAAGACGAUUAUUAUUGGAGGUGGGGCAAGAUUAAAAAUGACGACAGUUCUGAAAUAUUAAGGAUAUCUGGGAAGGCAGGAGGGCAAAAUGAAGCCAAAUUUCUUAGGACAACGUGGUCCCCUGUCUUUUUCGCAACAUGUUGAAGAAGCUUAGGAACGUGUGGCGCUUUAACUCCCUCACGACUCUGUGAGGUAGAUCACGCCAAGAGACAGUGACCAAUGGCAAGGUGAUUUUUGAACCCGGUUUUCCGAGUCUCUGGGCUACUCACUGCACUGUAAGGGCUAGGAUAAUUUGUGGCAUUUCUGGGGCUAUGGAUGUUUUGCUUUCAGAAACUGGCACGCAGGAGCAGAGCACCUCUGGGCAUGUGUUGAGACUGGGAAGGCAGCGCACUCCUGCUGAGGUUCCCCCGUGACUGGUAUUGAGAAAGAUGAGAAACAGAGGCCGCUGUGAGAACAGGCCUCUGGAGUAGAUUAGCCACCACAGACCGUUCUUAAAAUGCAAAAAAAGGGGGGGAUAAAGAUGAACAGAAUCACGAGGUUUCGUGGCAGAAAGACCAUUAGCAGAAGCCCUCUUCGUGCAGUAUCUUCGACGGGAUCGCUGAAUUUUUCGAGCUCAUACCAGAACUUUGAUAAAGGAAAGCUGGUUCCAGCGAUAGUUCUGAACGUGUCGUUAAAGUAGCGUGUUUUCCGCUCCACCAUUGAUAACACUGGCGUUGAUAACAGUGGCAAGCGCCUUUCUCUCUUAACCUCUUUAAUUAAUCUUCCAGGGUCAGUUGUGCAGCGCGAGGUCUCUCAACGAAAGGACAUGAACUGCUUUUAGUCGUUCCUAGGAAAUCUCUCCCCCCUCCCCGCACCUCCCAUAGCUUUGAAAAGCUUGCACAAUGACAAAUGUCCUUAGCUCUUCCCCGCAGGGCGAAAGCAAGCGUUGUUUUUUGUUGUUGUUGUUUUGGUCAGCCGAGGUUCUGAGAAUUGUGUAGGCUCCACGUUCUCAGGUAUGUUGGAAAUCCCGUUUGACCUGCAGCAGAAGGAGUGGGCAGAAUCAACUGGCCCUUGUGGGAGCUACAUGCCACAUUCCCACCAGAAAAUCCUUAUUUCUGGCCUAUGUGUGUUUUGGGGCUGGAGGAGACUCUUGAGAGUCCCAUGGACUGCAAGAAGAUCCAACCUAUCCAUUCUGAAGGAAAUCAGCCCUGAGUGCUCACUGGAAGGACAGAUCCUGAAGCUGAGGCUCCAAGACUUUGGCCACCUCAUGAGAAGAGAAGACUCCCUGGAAAAGACCCUGAUGUUGGGAAAGAUGGAGGGCACAAGGAGAAGGGGACAAUAGAGGACGAGAUGGUUGGACAGUGUUCUUGAAGCUACCAGCAUGAGUUUGACCAAACUGCGGGAGGCAGUGGAAGACAGGAGUGCCUGGCGUGCUCUGGUCCAUGGGGUCACGAAGAGUCGGACACGACUAAACGACUAAACAACAACAGUGUGUUUUGGUUGCUUUCAUUGUCUUUAUAUCAUCACUAGUUGGUUGGCGUCCGUCUGCCUCGGGCGACAGUGGAGUGUGCGGUGGCUGGUGAAGUCAAACUGUUGGAGAGUUGCAGCUCCUGCUGUGGCUGCAAAAACGACACAGGAGAGACAUGUUUUGUUGCAGCUGGGGCAGAUGAAGGCGUCCAGUUGUUCUGCCGCAACUGAUUUUCACAAGGCAGCGUUGAUGUUUCCAGGCUUCGUGUCACAUUUGCAGGCAUCUUUUUAACGCAGAGUCGGUCUAGCCCAGUGGUUUUCAACCCUGAGGUGCCUUGAAUGGUGGUCAGGGGUGCCGCAGGAAAUUCUGGCCUCUGUCCCUCGCUCCUUCCCGCCCUCCUUGAUGCCCUCUCACGUCUCUGCCUCCCAAACAGCUGUUGGUUGCAGCAGCCCUGGCAAUACUACUACUACUACUACUACUACUACUAAUAAUAAUAAUAAUUUAUUCAUACCCUGCCCCUCUGGCUGGGCUUCCCCAGCCACUCUGGGCGGCUUCCAAAAAAAAUAUUAAAAUACUGCAAUACAUCAAGUAUUAAAAGCAUCCCUAAACAGGGCUGCCUUCAGAUGCAUUCUAAACGUCUGGUAGUUGUUGUUCUUUUUGACAUCUGGUGGGAGGGCAUUCCACAGGACGGGCACCACUACCGAGAAGGCCCUCUGCCUGGUUCCCUGUAGCUUUGCUUCUCGCAGUGAGUGAACCGCCAGAAGACCCUCGGAGCUGGACAUCAGUGUCCGGCUAGAAUGAUGCGGGUGGAGACGCUCCUUCAGAUAUACUGGGAGCUAUAAACUCCCUAGGCAAAUGGUGUCUCUGGAAAGCACCCCUCUUGGGGGCAGUGGGGGGCAGAUCAGAGAUUGGGGCAGCGUGGGUAUGUGGAGGUUGUCUGUUAGCUCAGCUUACCUAGUGACCUCCAGCGGUUGCGGACUGCAACUUCAAGCAGCGCUCAUGUUUUGCAUGCUGCACGACGGUCCCAGGUUCAAAAUCCUGAAGCCCACCUGCACCACACCUGAAAUUUGAUGUGGGCAUCAGGUUUGGGGCAAACACCAUAGUGACUAUGAAGGAACAAUCAAGAGCUUAAUUCAUAGGACUGUAGCGUUGGAAGGGACCCCGAGGGUCAUCUAGUCCAACCCCCUGCAAUGCAUCCAUGGCAGAAGGCCUCUGCUCAAAAACCUCCAAGGAAGGAAGGUCCACAACUUCUUGUGGGCGUCUGUUCCACAGUCAAACAGCUCUUACUGUCAGAAAGUUCUUCCUGAUGUUUAGGCAGAAUCUCCUUUCUUGUAACUUGAAGCCAUGGGUUCGAGUCCUGCCCUCUAGGGCAGGGAAAAAUGAGCUGGCCAAAGGUGAGGUAGACCUCAUUCCCCCCCUUUGAAGGACUAGACUGGUCUAGGUUGACAAAUCCUCUGACCGUGCAUUAAGCGGCUCAGUGUUGCCCAUACUGGUGUUGAAAUAACGAAGGAGAAAGUUGCCAAAACAAACGAAACCCGACGAUGUCCAGAAAUGGAUAAGGAUGACCUGUUGGGCACGUAGCUCCCACAAGGGUCAGUUAAUUCUGCCCACUCCUUCAGCUGCAGGUCUAACAGGAUUUUCAACAUAUCUGAGAACGUGGAGCCUGCACAUUUCUCGGAACCUCGGCUGGUACAAACCGAAGGACCAAAGUCUGCUUUCGCCCUGCAGGGAAAGGCCAAACGCAUUUGUCAUCUUGCAAUUUUUCCACCAAUAUGGGAAGGAGGGGCAGUUUCUGGGAACUGCUGAAAGCAGCUCACGUCCUUUUCGCUGGGAGACCUCGCGUUGCACAACUGUCCCAGGAAGAUUAACUUUAAAAAGGUUAACAGUUUUGGCCACGCUUCUUGCUUAUCAAGGCAAGUGUAGUUGUAUAGGGAGGGGAGAGACCGUAUUCACUCAUACGAACCGGCCCAGGUUUUGAGAUCUCAUGGGGAGGCCCUUCUCUCAGUCCCACCACCCUCAAAGGCAUGCUGGUUAGGGAUGCAAGGCAGGGCCUUCUCGGUGUUGGCUCCUCCCAGGUAACUUCAGAACACCCUCCCUGGAGAAGCCAGACUGGUCCUGUCCUUGUUGUCCUUCUGCUAACAGGGGAAGACCGUCUUGCACACGUCCUCCAACAUUUCCACACCAAAAACUGGGACACGCGUUUUCCGGGACGCACUUCCAGGCGAGUCACGUGAUCCGCUCCACAAUCUCGCUCUGGAAAAAGUGCUUUUCUUCGGGGGGGGGGGGAUCGCAACACCCAAAAUGGCCUCCGUGAUCACGUGUGGGAAAAUGGGGUGCCCUGUUUUUUUCUGAGACAGUUGCGAAUGGACUGCUUUUAAUGACAGGGCUGGUGAUGGGCGCUGCACUGUUUUCAUUGUGAUUAUUUGUAUGGUGUGUGUGUAUAGGUGUGUGUGUGUUUUAAUUUAAUUGCUUUUCAAUUAUUGUGGGGGUUUUUUACCUGUUUUUACCUGUUUUUGUUUUUAUCUUUCCCUGUUAGGGAAAAAGGCAGGUAAAAAUAAAAAUAAAAAUAAAAAUAAAAAUAAAAAUAAAAAUAAAAAUAAAAAUAAAAAUAAAAAUAAAAUAACUGUAGUAAAUAAUAAAAAAUAAUAAAAAUAAUUUUUUUAUUUGUAUGUAAGAGAGAGAGAGUGGGUGGAGACAGGAGUCAUAGUGUGGUGGUGGCAAAACCUGCAUAAUUUUGUGAGAGUUUUUCCUUCAGGGACAGAGCUGCUUAUUUCACACGGCCUUAGACGCAGGACAGACCAUGUGCUUGAUGUUCCAGGGAGAUAACUGGUUCAUUCCACGGCUAUGUACUGUAGAGACUGCCCGUAAAGAACGGUUUCGAUUUUAUCCUGUAACUAAACUGCAUUAUCGCACACACACUGCAGCAGCGAUUCCCAAACUCUGUGGUGCAUAGAAUUCAAAACGCAACACAAUAAAAUCCAACAUAAGAAACAGAAGAAGCCACUGAACAUGCUGUUUUAAAAAGUGCCGUUUUAAAGCCGCAAAGCAGCGACUGGACAGAAUAAUCCCCUCAAAGGCCUGGGUAAACAGCCGAGGUUUUUAUGAGAUGCUUGAGAUAUCCAGUAGGUGGAGCUUACAGAAUCUCUCUUUGGAGAGGAUAUUCCACAAGGCUGGUGCUACAUCCGAACAGGCCCUUGAUUCCAUCCCCAUCUGGUCCCUCAGCUCCUUCGAAAAGAAGUUUUACAGAGAACGGGAAAUCUAUUUGCAGAUUUCCAGUGUCCUCCCCUCCACGCACCAAAAGCAAGAGGCGGAAAACCAUGGCACCCGAAAAAAAAGUUAUAGCAUUAGUUCUGCAAACUUGUUCAGUUUGCAUGAUUUUAUUAAAGAGGCUGACCUAAUUCAGCUUUUCCUGGCUCGAGAGCUUAGGGAGCUUGUGUGCCAAAUUCUUUUCGGGGGUUGUUUUAGAGCAAGAUAUACCGUACUUUUCCGUCUAUAAGAUGCCCCCAUGUAUAAAAUGCCCCCUAUUUGGGGGGACUGAAAUUUCAGAAAAUGGGGGGAAAUGGUAAAAAGUUGUUGAGCUUUUUGGGGGGGAGGGGGGUUACGAAGGGUUGUUGAGCUUUUAUUAGGUGGGAAUGCCAAAAAUCGUUCACCUGCAUGUAUUGUGAAUUCCGCCUCUCGUCUGUCCCCUCGCCAAUCGCCCGCCCAAUUGCCGCAGCCUUGGCCAAUCAACACCACCCAUUGACGCAGCAACCAAUAACACGCACAAUGGCUGCUGGCAGCCGCGGCAGCAACCAAUCAAACGUCCACCCUAUGCAUGUAUAAGACGACCCCCACAUUUUAGCAUGAUUUUAAAGGGGGAAAACCUAGUCUUAUACAGUGGACGCUCAGGUUGCGAAUGUGAUCCGUGCGGGAUGCACGUUCGCAACCCACAGCAAUCGCAACCCGCAGCGGCACGUCUGUGCAAUCGUGGGUUUUGAUUUGGUGCUUCUGCGCAUGCACAAAGCGCAAUUUAGCACUUCUGCGCAUGCACGACCCCUGAAACCCAGAAGUAACCCGUUCCGGUACUUCCGGGUUUCAGCGGGUCCGUAACCCAAAAAAACGCAACCUCAAGCGUCUGUAACCCGAGGUAUGACUGUACACGGAAAAGUACGGUACGCAGCACUGCCCAUAAGACAGGAUGACGAAGAACCAUCAAUGAUAAUAAUAAUAAUAAUAAUAAUUUAUUAUUUGUACCCCGCCCAUCUGGCUGGGUUUCCCCAGCCACUCUGGGCAGCUUCCACAGAGACCAAAAAUACACUAAAAUGUCACACAUUAAAAACUUCCCUGAAUGAGUGCUCUUUGGGUUCGGUCGGUCAACCAGCUACAGCUACAAAUCACCCACAUUUUGCCUGCUUGUUCACAAGAAUAUCACGGGGGACUUUGUCAAAAGCCUUACUGAAAUGAAGAUACGGUACGUCCACAGCCUCCCCCUGAUCCACCAAGCUUGAAACGCCAUCAUUACAAAAAUGAGAUUUGUCUGGCAUGAGUUGUUUUGGGGAACCCCAGGCUGUUUAUCAAAGGGAAAAACUCAGUGGACUGAGCCUGUGAUUCCUGCAUUGCCGGAGGUUUGGCUAGAUGACCCCUUGGCUCCCUUCCAACUCGACGAUUCGACGAUUCUGUGAUGUAAAUCUGGGCCUGAUCGACAGCUCACACUAAACGGCUGCAGCUGCGUUUGCUGGCAAGGCGAGCUCAGCGUCCUGAGAGUGAAGGUCAUUCGGGGGCCUUGAUGUGGGGAGGAGGGCGCAUUGCUGCUAAUCGAGUGUGUGCCGAACAUCCUUUUGCCUUCCAGCUGUGCAUGCCUUGGUGAGAAGCCAAGGUGAGGCGCACAGCCACGAAAGCGGGGCAGCGUUAUCAGCAAAGCCGCACGGCUCAGCCAAGCGAAGGGUGUUAAUUUGAGUGGUUUCAUGCAUGGAUGAGAGCAAAGAAGAGGAUCAGAGGCCCGGAGCGAAAUGAAUUCCUGCAUUUCACACCUGCCGAGGUGUGCAACCCGGCUAGCGGAGCAGAGUUAACAGCAGGUCCAGGAAGCCUACUUUAAAAAUAAGACAGGUAUAUUCACGUUUGCCUGUUGCCUUUGUCCAUGGAGUUUUCUUGGCAGGGAUACUGGAGUGGCUUGCCGGUUCCUCCUCCAGGUGGAUCAUGUUUGGUCAAAACUCUCCACUAUGACCUGUUCAUCUUGGGUGACCCUGCACAGCGUAGCUCAUAGCUUCUCUGAGUUAUUCAAGCCCCUUCAACACGGCAAGGCAGUGAUCCAGGGGUAGUAUGUAUGGAAGUGAGAGCUGGACCAUAAAGAAGGCUGAUCACCGAAGAAUUGAUGCUUUUGAAUUAUGGUGCUGGAGGAGACUCUUGAGAGUCUCAUGGACUGCAAGAAGAUCAAACCUCUCCAUUCUGAAGGAAAUCAGCCCUGCGUUCUCACUGGAAGGACAGAUCCUGAAGCUGAGGCUCCAAUACUCUGGCCACCUCAUGAGAAGAGAAGACUCCCUGGAAAAGACCCUGAUGUUGGGAAAGAUGGAGGGCACAAGGAGAAGGGGACGACAGAGGACGAGAUGGUUGGACAGUGUUCUCGAAGCUACCAGCAUGAGUUUGACCAAAAUGCGGGAGGCAGCGGAAGACAGGAGUGCCUGGCGUGCUCUGGUCCAGGGGGUCACGAAGAGUUGCACACGACUAAACGACUAAACAACAACAAAUUCAUGUUUGCAGGCAGGUUUGCGGCAAUGAGGACACUUUGCAAAUGUUGGUUUGCACCCUGCCCCGUCUCAAAGUCUUGGAACAGGUGCCGGAAAGCCGCUGAAAUGCAUUGGGGAAUGAUUUAUAACGAGCUUAAGAAAAUGUUCAAAUGCUCCUUCCCUAAAAAACCCCCUGAAGCUUUCCUGCUAGGAAUUAUGGGUAAUGAAAUCCCCCCAAAACUUCAGGAGACUCUUUAUGUAUGUUACAGUUGCUGCCAGAAUUCUAAUCGCAAAAGGCUGGAAGGGAGAGGAUAUUCCAUCUAAAUCAGAAUGGCAAAACAAAAUCAGAGAGUACGCUGCGCUGGGGAGAUUGUCAGCGGGGCUAAGAGACGUUGCCGAUGAAAAAUUUAUCAGAGAGUGGGAUAUAUACCGAGUGCAUGUAAAAGAAUGCUGUCAAAAGAUCAAUACGUUGGCAGGUCUUGAUUGAGCUUCUGUGUGUAAGUAGGAUGUUUUUAUAAAAUGAAAUUUAUAGCCAGUCAAAUAACACAGAGAAAGUAAAGUUUAAGCACUUAUUUAAGGAACUUAAUUCGGGAAUGCAAGGGGAAGAUCGGAGGUCUUGUCAAAUUUACCGUAUUUUUCGCCCCAUAGGACGCACCGCCCUAUAGGACGCACCUAGUUUUUUGGGGGGGAAAUAAAGGGAAAAAAUUAUUUUCCCCCCCCGGCACGGGGCUGGCACGGGGGAAGCCCGAGCUUCCCCCGACCCCAGCCCCCAGAACAGCCUGCUAUCCGCAAGCCUAGGGAGCCGCGCCGGUCUCCCCAGGCUUGCAGACAGCUGUGCGAAGCCCGGGCGUGCUCUUCAGCGUGCCCGAGGCUUCGGAAUGCAGGCAGCUCUGUGCAACCCUCCGGAGCCCGGCGUGAAGCUUCCGGGCUCCGGAAGGUUGCGCAGACCUUCCUGAAGCCUGGAGAGCGAGAGGGGUCGGUGUGCACCGACCCCUCUUGCUCUCCAGGCUUCAGCGAAAGCCUGUAUUCGCCCCAUAGGACGCACCCACAUUUCCCCUUCAUUUUUGGAGGGGAAAAAGUGCGUCCUAUAGGGCGAAAAAUACGGUAAUCACAAAUGGAUGUACAGUGGUACCUCGGGUUAAGUACUUAUUUCGUUCCUGAGGUCCGCUCUUAACCUGAAACUGUUCUUAACCUGAAGCACCACUUUAGCUAAUGGGACCUCCUGCUGCUGCCGCGCCGCCGGAGCACGAUUUCUGUUUUUAUCCUGAAGCAAAGUUCUUAACCUGAGGUACUAUUUCUGGGUUAACGGAGUCUGUGACCUGAAGCAUCUGUAACCUGAAGCGUAUGUAACCCGAGGUACCACUGUACAAAGCAGGUAUUAGUUAAAGAAUGAAUAACAUAUUUCUGUUAUAAAGUUUUCAACCAAAUACUACUACUACUACUAAUAAUAAUUUAUUAUUUGUACCCCACCCAUCUGGCUGGCUUCCCCAGCUACUCUGGGCGGCUUCCAACAAAGAUUAAAAAUACAUUAAAAUAAAGCAUUAUUUAUUUAAUUUUUUAAAAAGGAAAGCAGCAGAAAUGCUUUCAAAUGAAGACCAGCCGGUCCUUGCAAGGACCCCAUGGCAGACUUCGAAGCUGUCGAUCCAAGCGAUUGCUAGGCUCCCCAGUGCACAUCCCUUGAGGCUGCGUAGGAGGAACUGUCUCCUGGUUUUAAUAUUUCCUCCUUAUUUUCCUCCUUGCAGUUCCUCUGCUUGGCUUUCCAUUAUGUUCAAAACAGAUGCGGUCGCAGGAGACGCACAUACAUCACCCUUCAGCAUCCUUUCCACGCGAAAUUACUUUGGCGGAUGUUUUCCCAUGCAAAAGGAAAGGGUGCCACAGUUUGUGUUAAUUUGUAGACCAGCAGCCAAAGGUUUGGGUCUCCCUGUGGGAUGAAAAUCCCGCAGAUUCUUUCUUUGCCAAAUGAAUUUCAUUGAUUUUUAUCCACCCUGCAGGCCGUGAAGUUCACUGGUUGAGCUUGGGCCAGCCACUGCCUCUCGGCUUCUAACCUAUGCCUAAGGUUGGGCGGGGGGGGGGGGGUUAAUUGGGGAGUGGGAGAACCAUGUAUACCACCUUGAGUAAUGUGGAGGAAAAGGUGAGAGAGAAAUGCAAGAAUAAAUCAAUAAUCCUCUACCCAGUUGUGAAGCUCACUGGGUGGUGUUGGGCCAGGGUAGUUCAAUAAAACCUCCAUGUACAGUGGUACCUUGGGUUACAUAUGCUUCAGGUUACAGACGCUUCAGGUUACAGACUCUGCUAACCCAGAAAUAGUACCUCAGGUUAAGAACUUUGCUUCAGGAUGAGAACAGAAAUUGUGCUUCGGCGGCGCAGCGGCAGUAGGAGACCCCAUUAGCUAAAGUGGUGCUUCAGGUUGAGAACAGUUUCAGGUUAAGAACAGACCUCCGGAACGAAUUAAGUACUUAACCCGAGGUACCACCGUACAGAGGCUAUGCUCUGCUGCCUCCUCAGUUAGAGGCAAAAUUGCUUCUGGGUACCAGUUGCUGAAAACUACAAAGGAUGGAGAAAACUCUUGUGCAGCAGCAAAAAAAAGCUCAUGCUCUUCUAGGCUGCAUCAACAGAAGUCUGGUGUCCAGAUCAAGGGAAGUAAUAGUCUCACUCUAUUCUGCCUUGGUCAGACCACACCUGGAAUACUGUGUCCGGUUCUGGGUGCCACAAUUUAAGAAGGAUGUUGAGAAGCUGGAAGGUGGGCAGAGGAGGGCGACCAUGGAUGGUUAAAGGUCUGGAAACCAAGCCUGAUGAGGAACGGUUGAAGGAGCUGGGUAUGUUUAGCCUGGAAAAGAGGAGACUGAGAUAGGGUUACCAGACGUCCCCGGUUUCCAGGGACAGCCCCCGGAUUUGCAAAUCUGUCCCUGGCUCUGGCUGGCUUCAGGAGCUGCUCGCUGCUGUUGCGCCCGGCAUUUUUCCUCUCCGGAAGUCCCCAUAUGAUGUGUCUGCGCAAUAGCAGCUCCUGAAGCCAGCCAGAGCCAACUGCACUACCAGGCUGGCUCCGGGCUGCUGACUGCCACUGCCACUGCCACUGCCAAAGGGGAACCGGGGACAUCCAGCGGUACAGAUCUCCUGCCCCCUUCCCCCUUUGUUUUGACUUAUUGGGGGAGUCACAGGUGGGUGGUGUGCCGUUGCCCAGUUUUUAAAAAUCUCUGUGCAUUUAUGUUUCACAGGGUUUGAAAGAAGGGCUUUGUGCCUUUAUACAAUAUGCAUGUGUGCUUGGGCCCAGGGUCUUUUGCCUCACCAUCCCCACUACUGACUCCCUGUUGCUACUCAGCUUCAAAAAAUAAAAAAUAAAAAAAUGUCCCCGGAUUUAUUGAAAAAGAAUCUGGUAAUCAUAGACUGAGAGGAGAUGGCCAUCUUUCAAUAUCUGAAGGGAUGUCACAUGGAGGAUGGAGCAAGCUUGUUUUCUCCAGCUCUGGAGGGUAGGACUCGAACCCGUAGCCUCGAGUUACAAGAAAGGCGAUUCUGACUCAACAUCAGGAAGAUUUUUCUGAUGCUAAGAGCUGUCCGACGGUGGAACGGUCUCCCUCAGGAGGUUAUGGACUCUCCUUCCUUGGAGGUUUUUAAGCAGAUGGAUGGCCAUCUGUCAUGGAUGCUUUUGUUGAGAUUCCUGCCGGGGGUUGACCCUCGGGGUCCCUUCCAAUGCUACAAUUCUAUGAAUCCUGCUUGCUGGUUUCCCACAGGUGUUAACGGAGAAAUCUGAGGGCUCCCUUGGACCAAAAACAAGGACACCAGCCAGGAAUACCAGAGCAAAACAGCAGCCAGUAGGCUUGGUCUUUAUUGAAGACUGUCGCGACAGGACUCCCACCUGCCACAAGGUGGAACAAGAUGGAAGCCCUGAACAAAAGAGCCCCCAAACUUUUAUUAGCUGGUAAUCCCCAUGUUACACCCCCCCAAACUACAUCACUCAUACAUCACAGUUACAUCAUGAGAAGGGGAGGUUGGUGGCAAUAAUCUGAGCAUCCUGGACCCUGCCCCAUGGUUCCCCUUGCCCUCCACCAAACACCCAUCAAGUGUAAUAAAAAAGAUAUUUACAUUUCCCUGUUUCCCAGCCAAGUUAAUCACACCCUUUUGUCUUCAUCUGGGUUUGUUAUUUCUGGAAUGGCUACCUGUCUGGCACUCAGGUAUCAGGAUGCCAGGGAUUAUCACUCAGGCAGAGGGGCUGCUGAGUAGCUGAGCUCACAUGUCUAUAUGAAUUUCUGAAGUUUUCCAGUGAGCCAGUACAGAGAUACAUUUUUCAGUGAAGUCUUAGAUUUGUUAUCGUGCAGCAAAGUCCCUUUGAAUAGAUAGGAAGAAACUGUGAUGAAGUGUUUUGUGGGGACAAAUCACAAAAGUCACAAAAGUGAUUGCGCUGGUUUUGGUAGUGGGCUGCAUGUGCACGAUAUCUGCUGGAGGGGCAACCCCCCCCCAACCCAUACAUAAAUUCCUGCAACACAGGCAAUCCCUUUGGAACAGGAUGCUGGACCAGAUGGGCCAUGGGCCUGAUCCAGCCGGCUCGGUUUACAUCCUUAAGGAAAUUCAGGCAGCCUAAAUGCUCCCUUCUUGCACCGGUGGGGACUGACUAUCAGUGCAGUAAAGCUUCACAACCCACCUGCUGCCAGAUCGUAACAUUUCUCUUUCAAUUAGCCUUGUGUGGAUCCGAGGAGGCGAUCCAUCUUGGCUGUGGUGCUUGGAAGAGCCUUGUGUCUCGUAAUGCCUGCUUAAUGGAAAACAGACCUCUCUUUCUGAGCAUCCCAAACUUAAUAUGCAAUCUGUGUGUUCGUCUGUUUGUCUUGUUCUGCGACCUGAGACUUUGACACAAGCCAGCAAGAGCCUGAUUGAAUUGGACUUGGGUAGGGGCUGGUUUUUCUGUUGUUGUUUUUAUGCUUGAAGGGAAUAUCCUGGAGAGGGCAAAUUUGCUUCUUCAUCAUUCGUGGUGCAUGGUUUGGAUAGCAGCGUCUGCUGUUGGAAAGUGACUUCUCUGUCAUUCAGAGCCGCUAUGGCCUAGAUUGGAAAUUAAUUCAUCCCAGUGUUUAUUUGUAUGGCCUUGGAUGGGAGGUCCACUCUGUUGUAAACAAAAAUUGCCCUUUUACCUUAUGGGGUAUCCAAGAGCCCAUAUAGAGUCCUUACAUAGGUUCCCUAUUGGUAGGAGAGAAUAACAGAGGCCAACCAGAGAAUAUUGAGAAGCAAAGCAGCUAGUAUUCUUGAUCUUUAUUGAUCUGUUGCAACAGGGUGCUCCCCUCACCCGCAGGAGAGAGGAGGGACCCAGAAAAAUGGCAUGCAAGUCCUUAUAAAGACUUUUGAAAUUCCCACCCUGUAGAUCAAGACCACCCCAAGAAACAUACAUACAUCAUAGAAGGGGUGUAACCUAAGACCACCCCUCAGAUACAUCACACCUACAUCACAGAAAAGGCGGUCUAAAACAGAAAUUUGAAUAUUGUUUUUCUCCUGUCUGGCAGGUUACUUGAUUGGAUUGCCUGGGGAGCCUGGCCAUUCUUUUGUAGUGAUAAAUACUUAGCUCCUGGGCCAGGUCACAGGCUCACACCCUAUUCAUAUCUUAAAUGUGUCCUUAAGACAGGAUUUGUGAGGAAAGAGACAAUGGGGAGGUUUCCCACUUUGACCUUGCAGAGAAAACAUUUGCUCAGUUUAGGAAUCACAAUGGUUCCAGGUUUGCCUUCCUGUCCUGAUCUAUGUAUGUGCUUGGUUGGUACACUUAUGAACAUUACCAUAUAUCUAAGACCAUAAUAUUCCUAUCACAACUCCCAGCCUUAGUUUGCCACCUGUAAGACAAUCCUUGUUGCAAAGGGGAAAGCUGAGGGUCUUGUAAAGAGGAAUGUCGGUUAUUAGGGCUGCAAGCUUUGAUCGGUGGAUAAAUUGCCUAAAAUUUGGCUGAUGUCAGCUGGCGGGCUGCUAAUUAAUUUGCAACAUAUUAUUGGCUUGUUUCGUUGCAUCCCUGUGACAUGGAGCAAAGAAUCGAAGGCUAAGCAAAUGAGGAAGGGAUUGAAUUAAUCUCCCUUAAGUAUCCAUCACCUGCGCUGAGGUUUCGCGGAGGCGCAAAUUUUAAAUUUAAAUUGUUGGUGGCUCACCAAUUCAGCUAAAAACUAACAGGCAAGAACAUGAGAAAAUGGAGUCUCUGUUGGGCAUUCCUUUAUAUAUAUAUAUAAGUUUUUAAACAUAUCAUUUUCAACAGUAAUAAACAUACUUUUACAUCUUAUACAAUUUUAUGACUUCCAUCAGUCACCUCUGAAAAUUUUCCAAUCUAAUCACUUCAUAUACAUUUACUACUUUCACUAUUACAUUUGAAUCUCAUAACUAAUAUCUCUAUUCUUUUUCUACUUUGCAAUGCUUCAUAUAUUUCUCCUUACAAAACUUCUUGUAGUCCUACUAACGUAAUUUGUUGAUUACAGUUGCUCUUCAAAUAGUUCACAUAUUUCUUCCAGUCUCCUGUGAAUCUCUGGUCCUGCAGGUUACGAAACCUUCCUGUCAUUUUAUCUAAUUCUGCGUAGUCCAUUAAUUUUGUCUGCCAUUCUUCUUUCAUCAGAAUUUCUUCUUGCUUCCAUUUCUGGGCCAACAAUAUUCUUCCCGCUGUUGUUGCAUAUAAAAAACAAUUUACUCUGUUGGGCCUUCCUAACCACCUGAGUUACCAUAUUUUUCGCUCUAUUAGACGCACAGGACCAUAAAACGCAUCUAGUUUUUAGGGGAGGAAAACAAGAAAUAAGAAAGCAACGCAAAGCACCCUGAGCUAAGAGGGAGCGUUCCUCCAUCUUUGCUCAGGAGGCCUUGCGGGGCUAUCCCUGAAGCCAGGAGAGCAAGCAGGAUUGGUGCGCACCGAUCCCUCUUACCCUACUGGCUUCAGCGAAAGCAAGCCUACUGGCUCCCCCCCACCUCCCGCAAGAGCCGCGUGCUCUUUAAAGGGAGCGCGGCUCUUGGGGGCUUUACUGGGAGGUGAGGGAAGGGACAGAGCCCACCUCCCGCAAAAGCCAGGGAUAGCCGUGCAAAGCCGCCACAGGGCAGCGGGAUGAAGGCUCCCCAUGCACGUGGCUAAGCCAGAAGCCAGGACAGCCAGCGGGAUCGCAGUGCAGCGAUCCCACUCGUUGCCCUGGCUUCUUGUUUAGCCGCGCAUAGCCUCUCCUGGCCGGCUGUCCUGGCUUCUUGCUUAGUUGCGUGCUGCACGCGGCUAAGGCUCCUCCAAGAGCCGCACUCCCUUUAAAUAGCGCACGGUGUGUGUGUGCGGCUCUUGGGGGCUUUUCCCCUAGCAGGGAGAAGGGCAGCCCUUCUCCCUCCUCGGGGAAAAGCCCCCAAGAGCCGCACACAUGCUCCACACAGUUCUUUAAAGGGAGCACUGAGCCUCCCGCCUGCAUUCGCUCCAUAAGAAACACACACAUUUCCCCUUACUUUUUAGGAGGGGGAAAGUGUGUCUUAUAGAGCAAAAAAUACGGUAUAUUGUUUUUCCAAGUGAGGUCCUCACUAAGGUAAACUCCCAGGAAUUUAAAGGAAGAGACCCUCUCCACACAACCCCCCCCCCCAAUAUACAACGGGGCUAGUUCCCCUCUCUUCCUCCGAAAGUCCAACACAAUCUCCUUUGUCUUGGUAAUAUUUAGGUGCAAGUUAUUCUCUAGGCACCAUGUACAGUGGUACCUCGGGUUACAUACGCUUCAGGUUACAGACUCCGCUAACCCAGAAAUAGUACCUCGGGUUAAGAACUUUGCUUCAGGAUGAGAACAGAAAUCGUGCUCUGGCGUCACGGCGGCAGCAAGAGGCCCCAUUAGCUAAAGUGGUGCUUCAGGUUAAGAACAGUUUCAGGUUAAGAACGGACCUCUGGAACAAAUUAAGUACGUAACCAGAGGUACCACUGUAGAUACUUUUUGAACCUCCCCCUGUACGCUGAUUCAUCCCCACCUGGAAUUAGACCCAUUAUGGUAGUAUCAUUUGCAAACUUAAUAAUUACAGUAGAUGGAUCAGAUGAAAUACAGUCAUAUGUAUACGACGUGUUUCAAAUGAGCCUCAUUCAGUCCCUUGAUGUUCUGUGUCUGCUCACUUACGUUCUUUGUCAAAACUGUCCGGAAAGCGGAGGAGGAGAGGUCAAACGCGACUUGGGUUCCCUGCUCGGCAUUUUCCUAAGCAGAUGUUCCCUGCUCUGUGCUGAGAUGAUGCUUUUUUAUUUAUUGCGCAGGAAUCUGGUUUCUGGCACAGGAUGUUUCAGGGUCUUCCAAAUAUUUGGGGGAGAAGCUGAUCCUCCCAGCUCAGUAUUGUUGACCCUGGGCGGCCGUGCCUCUUCUUCAUCUCGUGUUUUCUUUCUCCUCUCUCUGUGCAGGACAUCUGCGACGACCCCCACCUCUUCGUGGAUGGAAUCAGCUCUCACGACUUGCACCAGGGCCAGGUGGGGAACUGCUGGUUUGUGGCGGCUUGCUCCUCCCUGGCAUCGAGAGAAGCCCUGUGGCAAAAGGUAACGGCGGACCUUGGAAAUUGGGUUGUUGCUUGUUUACUUUAGGAGCAUUGGCAAGGCACAUUUCACUUCUUGCAAAGCCGAGCUGUGUGGGCUUAAGCCCACAAAACCCGGCUCCUUGCAAAUCUCCACCACUUCUUGUUUGAAAACACAAGUCUCUAGUCCUCAUGAGUGGGAAGGAAAGUCUGGAAAUGUUUUGAAGGAUCUCCAUAGCCAGAACAAUGCCAGGGGAGGAAAGACAGGGUCUGAAAGACUUCUGCCCUCUUUUUAGCUUCCCUGCAAUCCUGUCCUUUUGAUGGCUUGGUGA